AUGGAUCGAAAAAAUAAUUUCAAAAAUUUUCUUGCUGCGGUGGCAUUUUUCUCGGUUUUCGCGGGAAUAAAUAGCGCGAAAAUUUCUUUUCAUCAAUUAACAGCGGGCGAUGUUGUCAAUAACGUGAAUUUAGAUCAGCUUACUGGUGAACUUAUGGGCAAUUUGUUCCACGGCGAAACGGGAGGACAGUACGUGAAAAACGAUUUUACAGAUUACUGGAGACUAAAAUCUUAUACUACUGCAUUUAAUUGCAACGAGACUUUCAAUGCUGGCUACUUUCCGAGAAUUCAAGUUCAAGCUUCCAAAAAAAUCGAUUUUAAUUACAAUAAAUUAACUGGAAAUGUGCUGGGUAUUGAGGAUCGCUACAUAGAUAAUUACAUGUGUUUUUCAUUCAAAGAGUGUAUCGUCAAAGCCGAUGAAUCUGUUUUAAUCAAAUUGGAAAAUGGAAGCGACUAUCCUGAAGAUGUUAAGCGCUGGAUUGAACAAACGGGACUUUCGGGAGCUUGGAGGGAGAAUGAAACUUCUUAUGUCUCGUCGAUUUUGACCGGCGAUUGUGUAUAUCAGAUUUUGGUCUUUGAACAGCCCAAGUCAACAACUGAAGUUUAUGAUUACACCAAACACACUCCUAUUCACAUAGGUCAGAUAUCUUUAGCAAGUCACAACGCAACUCUCGAAAACUGGACUACUGAUUUUCUGAGAAGAACUGGUCAAUCAUUGGGCUUUAUUAAAUUUGAGGACAAAGAAAAAAUAUUCAAACAAUUUAACAAUGCAGCUGUCCUUAAGCUUGAGUUGAAAUUACUCCCGGCAAUUGAUUCUCAAAACUAA